AUGUCACCGGCUGUGACUGUGAUGAAGGGGAAGGAGCCCCAAGCCAGGGACGCGGCGCCUCCGAAGCUGGCAGAGGCCAGCAGAGGCCGGAGACGCCCCACGGCCCGAGUCUGGUCCCGCUGCUUCUCAGACAUCUCCAUGACGACCAGGGCCCUGGAGGAGCUGGAUGGAGGCCUGGGCAGCUGCCAACCGGGUGAGGAACCCCUUGCAUGGGCCGACCCCUGCCCAGGCCGGCCCCGGGAGGACAAGUCUCGAGUGACACCCAGGCUGGCUGACUCCAGCAGCUGGCCCCACGAGCUGGAAGCUGAGGGCGGCCCUGCAGGUGGAGGGGAUGCCAGGCCCAAGAAGACAGAAAAAGGGCCUGUGGCCAAAGUGGGCCCAGGACCCAGCAAGGAGAGGCUGAAAGCAGGAGCAGCCCCCCGGAGCCCCGCGCGCAAGAAGGCUCAGGCUGCACCCCCGCAGCCGCCGCCGUUGCCGCCGCCGGCCCUGAGCGAGGAGCUGCCCUGGGGGGACCUGUCACUCAACAAGUGUCUGGUGCUCGCCUCGCUGGUGGCGCUGCUGGGCUCAGCCUUCCAGCUGUGCCGCGAUGCUGUUGCUGGUGAGGCGGGUGCUCCGGCACCUGCCCCUGAGCCAUGGGUCCCACCAAGUUCAUCCCCCAAAAAGCCAGCACCGCACCUGCCGAAGCCCGUGGCCUGGGCGCCCCCAUCGGUUCCCCCUGCGCCCCAGGUGGAGGCAGAGGAGAGGCCCGAGGUGCCCGCAGCGGCUGCACGGAAGGACGGAGGGGAGCCUGGGGAGGCCGCCGGGGAGAAGCGCGCACCCCUGGCCCACGGGGGGCCCAAGGAGAGGCCGCGGAAAGAGAGUCCGCGGAAGGAGAAGUCCCGAAAGGAGGAGAGACCGCGGAAGGAGGAAAAACCGCGGAGGGAGGAGAAACCGCGGAGGGCGGAGAAGCCACGGGCUGCCAGGGAGCCCCCGGGAGCCCUCCCCCGGCGCUGGGAGGCCCGCGAAGGAGGCCGUCGGCCCUGGGUGCAGGAGUCCCGAGACCCUGAGCACAGGAAAAGGCCGGCCUGGGCCUCUUUGCGGCGCCCCAACGAGGAAGACCGGCCUCCCGGCCGCCAGAAGCACCGCGCCGGCAAGGGGCGGGACUGA